UUCCGCAGGGCGAAUGUGGCCUUCUUGCAACGUUAAAGUUCGCGAUUUCUGGAUCGGCACUUCCGUCACUCUGAGACGGUGUUUGAAGGUGGGGGCUACCAUGGCAAAGAGCAAAUUCGAGUACGUGCGGAACUUCGAGGCUGACGACACCUGCCUGGCCCACUGCUGGGUGGUGGUGCGGCUGGACGGCAGGAAUUUCCAUCGGUUUGCUGAGAAACACAACUUUGCAAAACCUAAUGACAGCCGUGCUCUCCACCUAAUGACCAAAUGUGCCCAGACUGUAAUGAAAGAACUGGAGGAUAUUGUGAUUGCAUAUGGACAGAGUGAUGAGUACAGCUUUGUGUUCAAGAGGAAAAGCAAUUGGUUUAAAAGAAGAGCGAGGCUUUGAUGGAAGAGUCAUAGUGUAUCCUAACAACCAGACCUUAAAGGACUACCUCAGUUGGCGGCAAGCAGAUUGUCACAUCAAUAAUCUGUAUAAUACAGUUUUCUGGGCACUUGUACAACAGUCUGGACUAACACCAGUACAAGCCCAAGAGAGAUUACAGGGAACUCUUGCAGCAGACAAGAAUGAGAUUUUGUUUUCCGAAUUCAACAUCAACUACAACAAUGAGCCUCUGAUGUAUAGGAAAGGGACUGUGUUGAUAUGGCAGAAGGUGGGUGAAGUCACAACAAAAGAAGUUAAACUGCCAGCAGAAAUGGAAGGAAAAAAGAUGGCGGUGACCCGGACCAGGACAAAGCCAGUGCCUUUAUAUUGCGAUAUAAUCGGGGAUGCUUUUUGGAAGGAACAUCCAGAGAUCCUAGAUGAAGACAGCUGAUCCUUUGCUUUUUAGCCCUGGCAUGCUUAACCAUGCAAGACUCCCUAAGUCUCCUGGCCUUAGGUGCCCUAGGAGCCCUGCUACGAAGGACAGUGUGCUAGUAGGGACACAUGACUGGUUCGAAAGGGAGCAGGGAAAGAAGGGGCGGGUAGGGGUGGUUAUCUUGUUCUGCUUUAAGUAGAACCUUUUUUUUUUUUACAAUGUUGGAACAUGGUUCCUUCUGUAGAAGUGCAUUUUUUUUUUUAAUCGUGGUGCUAUUUUUAUAAAGUAAGAACUAUUUUAUGCUAGGCAGAAUGAAUCAUUUUUAGAUUGUGGCAUAAGUCUUACAAAAACUUGUCAAGCUUUUUCCACCUGUGACAGAACAUGAAUCCAAACUUUACUCUCAACCACCUGUUCUUAACUACAAAAUGCACUAACCUUGAAAAUCUCACCUUUCCUCCCGUGUACUUUGACCUGGAGAUAAAUAAUAGGUUGGUGGCUGCAUGAUGCCUCUGAAUUCAGGAAUUCCAGGGAGAAUCAGGGUUUUGUGCCAGUUUCCAAGUUGGCAACUUUGGCUGAACAAAUUUGUAGUUUGGAAGUCCUUGUGUAAACAUUCCAUAGAUUGAUUUUGUGGAGUUGUCAGCAUGAUCAUUGUCUCACCAAGGGUAUUUUCAAGGCCACUUAACCUCUUUCUAAAAAGAAAGAGAAUUAUGUGUAUAUGAGAAAAAGAAAGUGUGAGAAUGAAUGAUGAGGAAAAAACAUUGAUUCCGUGUCCUCUAAAUACUUCAGUUUUAAAAGUUACCUUCCUGCUGGACUUCCUGAAAAGGAUUCUCAGGUAGCCUCUAUGUAAUCAGAAUACUGACAUUUGAAUUAGCAGAGUGGUCAACACUCCCCUUGGGGUCACAAGUGGCAGGUGUCCUGGGCACCUAAUAGUUCCACCUGCUGAUGGGCCAGUGUAGUUGGGGGAGGAGCAGCAUAGAGUAGCAGCAGUAAUGGCACAUUGCCAAGUUGCUGGCCUCUGAAGCCAGGGGUCCCCCUCUGAAGUGAGGAUAGGUGGUGAGAGAACUCACAUUGCCUGUUGUCCUCGUGUCAUAUUUCAGAGGAAGAUUAUUUGGCUCUAUUAAGAAUUAAUUAAGGGGCGCAUGGAUGGCUCAGUCAGUUAAGCAUCUGCCUUCAGCUCAGGUCAUGAUCUCAGGGUCCUGGGA